AUGGAACCCUCUCCAGCCAAUGGCAAGCCUGAAGUGGGCAUCAAGUUGAUCCCCAUGUUCAGAGUUCCCAACCCCUCCCACAGUUCAGAGUUCCCAACCCCUCCCAACCACUCCCAUCGUUCAGAGUUCCCAACCCCUCCCAUCGUUCAGAGGUCCCAACCCCUCCCACCGUUCAGAGUUCCCAACCCCUCCCACAGUUCAGAGUUCCCAACCCCUCCCAACCACUCCCAUUGUUCAGAGUUCCCAACCCUUCCCACCGUUCAGAGUUCCCAACCCUUCCCACCGUUCAGAGUUCCCAACCCUUCCCACCGUUCAGAGUUCCCAACCCUUCCCAACGUUCAGAGUUCCCAACCCUUCCCACCGUUCAGAGUUCCCAACCCCUCCCAUCGUUCAGAGUUCCCAACCCCUCCCAUCGUUCAGAGUUCCCAACCCCUCCCACCAUUCAGCGUUCCCAACCCCUCCCACAGUUCAGAGUUUCCAACCCCUCCCAACCACUCCCAUCGUUCAGAGUUCCCAACCAUUCCCACCGUUCAGAGUUCCCAACCCCUCCCAUCGUUCAGAGUUCCCAACCCCAUCCCAACCACUCCCACAGUUCAGAGUUCCCAACCCCUCCCACAGUUCAGAGUUCCCAACCCCUCCCAACCACUCCCAUCGUUCAGAGUUCCCAACCCCUCCCAUCGUUCAGAGGUCCCAACCCCUCCCACCGUUCAGAGUUCCCAACCCCUCCCACAGUUCAGAGUUCCCAACCCCUCCCAACCCUUCCCACCGUUCAGAGUUCCCAACCCUUCCCACCGUUCAGAGUUCCCAACCCUUCCCACCGUUCAGAGUUCCCAACCCUUCCCAGGUACUUGA